AUUUUGAUCGCGCGGCGCCGUGCAAUCCUACAGGGGCGCGCCUGGAUCGUGAGGCUAGGCUUGUUGGCAGCGUUGGCGUAGUCGGAUAUCGUCAGCAGGCAUUCCUGUGCUUUGCGCUUCGAAACAAGUACCACCGAGAAGCCUCCCGCUCUCCCGUGCACUUCCCCAGCUCUCCCGCCGCCCGCUCAACUGCCUCACAUACCGCCGUUCUUCUCUCCGCGCCCCGGUUGUCAUCGAUUGGUUCGCUCGAGCGACUGAGAGCGGAACAUGAUGUCGAAGACCUCGGUGUUUACGACCGUCACCCCGCUGCCCGCGGGGAUUACGAGGCAGAGCGUGCUCGAUACUUAUCGCAAUCAUAUUGAGAUGAUUGAGCUGAAUCCGCUGGUGGUGGAGAGGUUCAAGUGCAAACCGCCCACCUACGCGCCGGCGGAGGAGUUCUAUUCAACGUGGUAUACUAUUAAGGAUAAAGUAUCCUACCUCCCCGGCGGCCUCGCAACCGGCUCCGUCUCCUAUCACGCCUGCUUCCACGACCUCCCCGACGGCCUGCAAACGCACGUCUAUGCGCCCCUCGGCCUCGACAUCCGCGCGAAAUGGAGCGUCGGCGGCUCGCUGCCCGGUGAACCCAAGGCGCCCACGGAGCUCGGCAUUGGCGCGCCGCGGGAGGGCCUGUACAUCCGCGAGGACGUCAAGAUGAAGUGCAACAUCAUGAUGAUGGGGUUUGUCAAGAAAACGUUCAAAGAGAGCCAUAGCAAGCUGGUGGACAGGCUGGUGGAGAAGGCACAUGUGCUCGAGAGCGGGUAUGCGAAUGAGAGGCUGAAGGCGCUGAGGGAGGUCGAGCCAGGAGAGCGCAUGGGGCAUGGGGAUAUUUUUAUUGCGCCGCCGCCGGGGUAUCGGGAGUCGCAAGGACAAAUGCACGGGCAUCCGGGACACCACAGUAUCUACUCGAACGGAAGCGAUCGAAGCUCAAUGCUGUAUAGUCCCGGCUUGUCGCAGGCGAGCACCCUGACGAGCCACAGCAGUGGUGGUGCGUAUCUGGGGAGUCCGCCACAACUUUUUCACAAGACCGAGUGCGAUCAACGCGGGAGCUUCCAGUCUAGCGUAGAUGGGCAAAAAGAGCAGCAGAAGCUGUCGUUCCUGCCGGCGACGACGUACAACCCACAUCAGCGGCAGCGAUCCGUGGAUGAGAGACCGGGAUAUCAUGCCUAUCAUCCGCCGCCUACGGAAUUGCCUGCUGAAGGGCCGCCGGUGCCGCCGAAGGAUAUCCAUCGAGGGUAUCCUGCUGAGCUGCCGGGUUGAGUGCGCAUAAGCCAGCUUGGACGCCGUCAGCUUUGCGAUGCCGCGGCUUCGGGGUUGGGGUUGGGGUUGGAUCGCUGAUCCUGAA